ACCUUUGAAAUGUACUUCAUUAUAUUUAUAAGUCAAAAUAAAUCGUAUACUUUCACCUUCAUAGUGUAACAUAGGGAAAGCGGUCCGGAACUUGUUUUCGUUAGUAUUGGCAGCCAUCUUGGUGGCCAUCUUGGAUUUUCGGAGACAGUUAAGAUACGGGUUAAUGACAAAAUGGUCCAAAAUGAAGCGGAAAAUAAUGAGAAGAAAGAAAGAUCAUAUGUUCAGUAAUGGCUGUGACAUGUUGGAAUGUAUCGAAAAGUUAAAAAAGACAUUAUCAAGGGAAAGGCGAAAUGGCUGGUUUAUAUCAACCAUUUUCUUAUUGGAUGGGACGACAACAUCUGGUGGUUUGCCCUGGGCCUGUUUCUUGUCGAGAUAACUCCCCAGUCAUUGACCUUCACGGCCACCUAUGGUCUGCUAUCUGGAGCAGCCGUGCUGUUGUUUGGUGCCGUCGUCGGGGACUGGGUAGACCGCACCCCAAGACUAACAGUGGCUCGAGUCUCCGUUCUGUUUCAAAACUCUGCCUUGAUAUUUUGCUGUCUACUGAUUUACACGGUGAUCGAGUUCAAAGCCCAGAUUUCAACCGUGCUACCCCAAGAGGGCCUCCUCUACUUCAUGUACGCUCUAAUAAUCCUGAUCGCCAUUGCUGCCAACUUGACCAGCAUGGCGAGACAGACCGCUAUUGAGAGGGACUGGAUUGUUGAGAUUUGUAACAGGGACAAAGACUUGCUAGCAGUUUUAAGCGCAACUAUGAGGGGCAUCAGUCUUCUCACCAUGGUGAUCACCCCAAUAAUUACUGGACAGAUCCUUAGUCGGACCUCCCAUAGCACUGGAGCCCUUGUAGUGGCAGGCUGGAAUUUCCUCACGAUAUUUCUCGAGUAUUUCUUGCUUUGGAAAAUAUAUAACGAGGUUCCACAACUUAGGAAGAAAAAGAUUAAAGAGCAUCGUGUACAAGAAACCACAAUUAACCUCAUGCAUGGCGUUGACGCGGCGACGGAAUUUACUGACACAGGUGUCAACAGCGUUGUUGGUGAAAAAAUCGAUAAACUCGAAGAAACGACGGUAACGGAAAUACACGAUUACCAUGAGGAACCUCUAAAGCCCCGCACAUGCGCAGAGCUACUGUGUUCAUCUUUUAUUACGCUGAGGCGUGGCUGGAGGAUUUACAAAAACUACGACGUUGCCUUUGCUGGCCUAUCACUGGCAGCAUUGUAUUUCACCGUUUUAGGCUUUCAUAACAUCACCAUCGGUUACGCCGUGUCGCAAGGUCUGAGUGAAGAUCUCAUCGGUGGUCUCCUGGCCGCUGCCGCUGCUUCCGGAAUCGUUGGCACACUUCUCUACCCCAGGAUCCGCCGGUGGCUGGGGCUCCGAAAGACGGGCCUCGUCGCCCUAGGGGAGGAAUUAACGAGCCUCACUCUCUGUGUGAUCUCAGUGUUUGCCCCAGGCAGUCCGUUUGACCCGCUUUAUUAUAUACGAGACAAGGAGAUGGAUCUCCCAUUGCAUUCCACGCCGAGACAGUUACAACUUGCCAUGAAUUAUAGUACCACGACGCUGUCUCAUUUUCAAAUUGUGAAUUCUACAGACGUUUUUAUUAGCAAUACAACAUUGGGAACUCUGGAUGCCGAAGGACCAUCAUCUCUCGUUUCCAUCUCGCUACUGAUGGCUGGGAUUAUUGGAGCCAGAGUAGGCCUCUGGAUGGCGGACCUGACCAUCACACAGCUAUUUUUAGAAAGCGUUGACGUCACAGAGCGCGGAAUAGUCGCUGGUUUUCAAAACGCUUUAAAUCAACUCAUGGAAAUGUUGAAAUACGUGGUCGUAAUAUUGCUACCACUGCCACAGGUGUUCGGAUAUCUUGUGUUCAUAUCGUAUGGGUUUAUUGCUCUUGGGUGGAUCUUGUUUGCGGUUUACGUGAAGAAAACUAGAGGCUUUCUGUUUCAAAAAACAACAAUUUCGUCGCAACCAACUUGAAGGAAGCCAAUCUCAUAGGCAUCUGUAUACUGAUGUACCCCGGUGUUGUGACUCUGAGUCUGACUGCACAUAGAUAUUAAGUGAAAGUGUUUUAAUUAAUAGUACUCACAGUUUUCAUGCUAAAUUUGUUGUUGUCUGCGAUGGGGUAACUUAAUUUCAAUCUAAACCAAUAAUCCUUAUAUAUAUAGACACAAGUUUACUUUGUAGAAUAUUACCCCAUCCUGCAUUUCAUUUACUGUUUCCUGCUAAUUCAAAGUAUAUUCCGAAUUAGAAUUUUCAAGCAACUUAGCUAUAUUUUGUAACAGACUGAUAUCACUUUGUUUUAUCAGCUUCCAACCUUAAAACAUAAGGAAUUUCACAUACUUUUGUUUGUUUCAUAGCAGAUUUUUGUAUUAUAUCAGUCAGUCAGCCAUCUUGUUUCAUUGAUUUUUGACAUUUACGUCAUGUCCUUUUUUACCAAGAUUGCUAUACAGUAACCAGGAAGUUAAAACUCUAGAGAUUGUUAAUUUUUACCUUGCAUUAUAAUUUUGCUUUGCUUUAUCCCUGAAAACUUAAGGCGAAAGAUCCAAUUCUAGCAUAAAUAUUUUAAUCGCCAUAUUUUGAGCCGUUCUAAUUUUAGACCCAUCAAAGUUUUACGUGUCGAUUCAAUUUUAGGCGAUCGAUCGGAUUUUUUUUAGAUCGAUCAGCUGUAGUCGAUGCUCUUUUUUGGUGUCGAUCGUGAGUUGAUGUGGUAGUAUACAUCAUGUAUAUAUAAAUUUUAGGCGGUUGAUGGCUGACUGUUUUAGUAUAUUGUUAACAGGGAAAAUUUAACUUCUUGUUGGUUACAAUUUGAAAAAUUUAACGUUUCUCAAACGACGAUAAGAUCAUGCAUGUUUUCAUGUCACUG